AUGACCCGUGGCGGUUAUCUGUGGGUUGGGUACCUCAACCCCUUCGUCGUGCACCUGAAGAACGGGGACAGGCCGCCUAAGGAAGCCCGGAUGGCAGAAAUAAUGACAUUUUCUCUAAAUGUUUCCUCUCCCUUUCGCAGUGGUAGUCGCUCUUCCAAAACCUUCAAACCAAAGAAGAAUAUUCCAGAGGGGUCUCACCAGUACGAGCUGCUAAAACAUGCCGAAGCCACACUUGGAAGCGGUAAUCUCCGGAUGGCUGUUAUGCUUCCAGAGGGCGAAGACUUAAAUGAGUGGGUUGCAGUUAACACUGUCGACUUCUUCAACCAGAUCAAUAUGCUUUAUGGAACCAUUACGGACUUCUGCACAGAGGAGAGCUGCCCUGUGAUGUCUGCUGGCCCAAAGUAUGAGUACCACUGGGCAGAUGGGACAAACAUAAAGAAACCAAUUAAGUGCUCUGCACCAAAGUACAUUGAUUACCUGAUGACUUGGGUCCAGGAUCAGCUGGAUGAUGAAACGCUAUUUCCUUCUAAAAUAGGUGUACCGUUCCCAAAGAAUUUCAUGUCAGUGGCAAAGACAAUUUUAAAGCGUCUCUUCAGAGUUUAUGCUCACAUUUAUCACCAGCACUUUGAUCCAGUGAUCCAGCUACAGGAAGAGGCACACCUUAACACUUCUUUCAAGCACUUUAUAUUUUUUGUUCAGGAAUUCAACCUUAUUGAUAGAAGAGAACUUGCACCACUUCAAGAACUGAUUGAAAAACUCACCUCUAAGGACAGAUAAAAGGAAGAGGAUUUCUUCAAGUCACUUGUUUCUUUAAGCAAGCGUGUGGUAUUUUUUUGUUCAUUUGUUUUUUUUUUUUUUUAAAAAAAACAAAAACCAGUGCUGUUACUAAUGACAGCCAAGAUGUACUUUCUGUGCUUUUAUUAGGGGAAAUCUUUUAUCUGUUAGUGACACAUGGUAAAUAGUUUUUUUUUUUUUUUUUUUUUUAAUUGUUGGGAUUCAUUGUGGAAUUUUAGCAGGUGCUGAGUGUUUAUAAAGGAAACAUGCUUGGUUGGGGGAUUGACUCUGCUGGUGCAUGGGUUCUUGUAUUGUGUCAGUGGUAGCCCAUUCUCAUGAAGUCCCUAAAAGACUUGCUCACAUUCUCUAAGUGCCUUGGCAGACUCAUUUCUGAGGUGCAAAGCACAUACAAUACUGAACAUUGCUGGAAACAGAAAAUAUGAACUAACACCCAGGACACUUACUGAUACUUGUUUUAGAAAAAAAUAUAUAUAUGCUUACACUAAAAAAAGCCAUAACUUACUGAAAUCAAUGAUCUCCAGCUUUUAAUACAAAUAUUUGUCUUAUUUUUUUAGAGAUUAAUAUAGAGUUUUUCAAAACUAGAUAUUUCUUAUAAAGAAAAGUGAUGGUGAAGUUCUAGUCGCUAAAGCGAAACGGUGAAGGUGGUGUCAAAAUCACGAAGAACCCAUGCUUAGCAAGUAAUUACAUGUCUGUUGCCAUUGGUUUUGGCUUCUUAGAGUUGCUUUUAUUUUUUUAACAGGGAAGCAUCAACUUGGGUCAGUCACUUCUGUUAAGUUUCCUAGCAUUUGCCAAAUGAACGGUUAGUUUGCACAAACACAGUUAGGGGGGAAAAAACUCAAUAUAAAAUAAAAAUGCACUGGGGUAAUGCUAAGAAAAAUCUGGCUUGAAAAAUAACUAGCGAAGUGAUGUUUGUAAGUUAGGAAUAAAAAGCCCUGGGUCUGUGGAGGAGCUCUGGUGGCCAGUGUUUUCUGUGGUAGGAAACGUGCCUUGGAGGGAGUGUAAUUUCAUGGACCGCUUGGGAUUUACGUUAGCAUGAUGGUGUUCUUCCCCAUUUAAAAUGGCAGCCCAUCUGCAAGGAACUACAGCAGUUGGGAAAAGCAAUAGGAACGUACCGGUGAAUUUUUAGUGGUUUGUAAUUUGGUAGGUGCAUCUUCUGUUUCUGAAAAAAAACUAAGCAAGAUGUGGCCUUCCCCCACCCGGGUUAGUGUCUGCCUCUCGAGGCUUGUGUUUCCUCAAACCAGAAAUGACUCUCCCGCGAGAAGUUAACCUCUGGGGUGAUCCACAGACGGUGACUUGGAAAUUUCUGCUGCAACUGUAUCAGUCAGGUUUCCCACUGCAGAAGCCCGUAUGACUAGCGCUCUUGUUCGUUUAUGGAUCUUGUCAAAGCUGUUGUAUUUUGGAGUCAAAGAAAUCUGUAUGAGGUUCUGCAGUCUGCUACCCCAUGAUAUCACUAGUUGCCAAAUACAGUCCAGUAGGUGGUUGAUGUUGCCAGGCUUUGCUAGAUUGCGACUCCGCAAAAACACCAUUUUUAGACCAGAAAAACAUGAAGACCUUAACGGACUGGUGUACGCUUGACUGACUCUGGAACCUCUAAAAUCUACAGGUGAAGCCAAGGUCAGCAUGCGACAGAGAAGUUAGGCUUACAAUUUCGUGCGCCUUUGCUUGACGAAAAAGCUGAGUAAAGUGGAAAAUACUGUGCAGCAGCCUGUAAAAGAUGUAAGUGGCCAUUAGUAUAGCCAGGUAAUAAACAUAUAAGCACAGUAAUAAACACACAUGCAUUUGGGAGACUAGAAUCACUACUUUUGAGGUAAAAUGAUGUCUUUCAGAAGCAUUUGAAGGUUAUUUUAAGAACUAUGUUAUCUUCAGUGGAGUUAAAUUUCCUAGUCUGCGUAAACUGCUUCCUGGAGAAGCAAUUUAAUGUUUUGUUACCUCUUCUGUCUCUCCCGCUCAUUCGUGAUGUCUUUGCAGCUGCAGGAUUGUUUUUAACCGAGUAGCAUACCUGACAUCUGAUCUGGACGUGGCUACCUAAGCCUGGUUUGGGAGCAGUAGGAUGGCAGUGCUAGCUUCGGGUGCAGGGUUGGAGGGCUCUCUUAGUUCAGGACUGAGUAACGCAGAAGACUACCGUCUCUGCAGAGUUACGGGAGUGGUCAGCGUCGACCUGACUACACAAAAGCAGCUUAACUCCCAAAUUCGAACUGUGCUGUUUGAAACAGACUCCAGUCAUGCAGGAAGCUGAAUUUAAGAACGUGAUCUUAGACACGCAGCCUUUUAUGCAUGCUUCUAUCUGAGGAGUGUUUAAUGACAGAAAAUUUCCAGCUGCAGAGGCGUUUCCAGAUGCAGUUUGAUAUGAAAAAUCCUGUAAACUUUCCGAUGAAAACCGCUUUGAGUUGAGUCAGUGGUGCUCAAGAGGCUGCAUGCGCAUGUUCACUGUGCUGAUAACACUUACUGGAGAGGAACCUUUUAACCAGUGCUAGAGGUCAUGUUACCACGUCGCAGCAAGACAUGAGAGUGAGGAUGGUAGAAGCGUGCUCCAAGGUGCUAAAUAGGAGGUAUCCUCCAUUAGAUUUAAAGCUGUCUCACUGGUUUGGUGUCAUGUACCAGCAAGAAACUAAAAAGAAAAAUACUUAGAAGUGAGGAUUUGCUUGGAGUGAUACCAGUGCAGUAGUUCUCAUUUUUGGCAUACUUCUGCUCUGGAAGGGUGUUUUCGGUUGGUUUGUUUUUUGGUUUUUUGUUUUUUGUUUUUUUUUUUUAAAUAGCCAGUUCCAGAAAUUCAGAGGCGUCUGCUGCAGUUCAGCCAAUCAGAGUUAGAAUGUAUUAUGUUAAAAAAAAAAAAAAAAGUUUUACGUGGAUAGUGUAUUUUUUGUAUUUAGUAUCUGGCAGUAGAAAACACUUUUACAGAAUAGUUUCUAGGAAUGUAAUAAAAGCUUGGAGAUCAUGAUUUGCCUGACAGCUGUAUGAACACAUUGUUUAAUUAUACAACACUUGAAAAUAACAACAUUAAAGAUAUGUAUGCAGUGUUUGGGAUUUAGUAUCCCUAUGCUGUUUAUAUUUGCAGCUUUUAAUUGUUUUUUGCUUCAAAAAGGUGUGGGACCAGAAGUUGAUGUGUGUUUACGCUCUUGAAGUAAGGGCACAUUGAAAUGCUAAAGAAAAGCUGCCCUGUUGUACAAAUGGAAUCUGGGUCGAGUGAAUGUGUUUAUAAAAUAGUGCAUUUGUUGGGGGGAAGGGGGAGGACACCCCCUCACCCCCCCCAAAUAAAACCCGGAGAAACGAACGCUGAACAAACCCCGCGCUGCUCUAGGCCCACGUUACAGAUGGAUUCUGUUAGGUGUCACGGGCGCUUUGAGACAAAAACUUCCAGCUUUGUUGUCUUUGGGAGCGGAAGGUGUUGGUGGGGUUACACCAGGCUGGGCUGCCAGUGCUGGCUGAGGCCUUCCCGUGCGGUAGGGUCCUUAAAUUCUAUGGUUUGUGGUGUUUUUCAGCUGCCAGCCUGUUAGACCGUGUCAGUGAUUUGGGUGGUAACUUCAGGAGGUCAUCUACCUCGAGACGGGAUGGGGCAAACUCUGCUAAGUUCAUCAGGUUCAGCCACCGUUGCCAAUGCUGACACUGUUGAGAUGGUGUGGAUACAUUAAGUUUGCAGAAAUAAUUCUUCAAGUCAGGGAUACAGGUUAAUCAUGCAAAUAGAAAAUAAAAAUGCCACAUUCUGCUGUUGCAGGUAGCUGAAUGGUAGAUGAAGGGAGAGAGCAGGUUUCAGGAGGCAGGUGGCCCGUCUGCAAGUAUCAAGUUUCUUUUACUGCUUACUAUGCAAUGUAGAGCUUUGAACUUUUGCUUUUACUUUAAGAUAUAGAGGAGCACUGUCCUUAUUCAGUAUUUAGGAACUGAACACUCUCCCAGUCUCCCUGACACUCAUGUAACAGGUAAGGAUACCUAUUUGCUGCUAUGGACUUUACUUACCUUUCAGAUUGUUCCUUUCCACCUCUUGCGCCUCCCCCGUCCCCCCCUUCCCCGAAUCACCAGGCACAAUUUUACUAUAAACACAUCCUUUUUGGAUAGUUGUUCUUUUUCUUGCUACCCUUUCCCCCCUUCCUACCCGCCAGAGUGCUGUAUUACUGUAUAUAAACCGCCCCUUUUAGUUGGACUAUUUAAAAAGCUGCAGAACGAACGCAGGCUCCUUGCUUUUCUUUCACGAAAAGAUUCCCCGUUACACUGAAUUGUUUCCUUCACCGCUGAUACCGGUUGUCUUUUUUUCCAAACUGCACUACUAAAACCACUAACACUUCUAUGGAUGCCUGUCGUCUUUUCCUGGGUAUCUUCUCUUCUAAGAUGAAACUACCAUUGGUUAUUUUAAGUAUUAAACCUUUUUAUUUUCCUGCUUUUCUUACAAUUUCCUCUUGCCAGGUUAAGAUUGCAGUCUAGGUAAAUAUCAAAGUACGUUUUCGUUUGAAGAACCAAGUCGCUAAAUUGUUCAUAGAGUAUUGUAUUUUUAGGGGAAAUUAAUUUUUAUAGCCACUAAACUAUACUCAUUAUUUUUGUACGUUUGCAACUUCUGACAUUUUUCAGAGACAUGUCAUGGAGGGAACACUUAUUUUCAUGGCUGUUGUACUACUUCGGUAUGCUGUGGUUGCGUUGCUUAGUACCUAGAGGCACAUACCUUGAUGUGCAGUGGGAGAGAGAAGAAUGCAAUAAAAGUGAAUGAGGUUUCAAUAAAAGGCCGUUUUUGAAGGCAAAAAAAAAAAAGAGAUAUUAUGAAAGCAACCUUAACCUUUCCUCCUCCUUUGGAAUCUUAAAAUAUAUGGGAGAAAACGCGGUGUAAAAUAUAAAAUGCAAGAUGAGAACCCUUACUGUAAGCUAUCUGUGCCAAUAUCGCUUCAGUUUGUAGUCACUGAUAUUUUAGUUUUAAACGAGAACAGCUUUUGAUUAAAAAAGAAAAGUUGAAUGUUUGAAAAUCUGCAACUUGUUUAUUUGAGAGUUGUAAAUAAUGUAUACAUAUUGUUGUAUGUGAUGGGACAAAAUAUUUAAAUUCUAGGUUUUUUUCAAUAAGAAACUGAAGGCUGUUUAUAAGAGAAAAUAAAUAGCUAUGUUUGACCAUG